CAAAUCCUUUGUUGUGAUAACAAUCGUCGAAGAAAAAAAUCCCAGAAAACCAUGGACAUGAUAGACACCCCUGUUGCGGAACGAGAUCAGUUCCCGCUAACUCCCAAACACAUUUUCAUUCUCUCCGGCCAAAGCAACAUGUCAGGCCGAGGUGGCGUCUCCAAGCACCCUCGCAUCUGGGACGGCGCCAUCCCACCGGAGUGUCAACCUCACCCUUCCAUCCUCCGCCUCAGCGCCACCCUCAACUGGGAGCCCGCGCGGGAGCCGCUCCACCACGACAUCGACACUGGCAAGGUAUGUGGAGUGGGGCCCGGAAUGUCGUUCGCCAACGCGGUGAGAGAUCAUAUGGGUGGCGGGUGCCUGGGUCUGGUUCCUUGCGCCGUGGGUGGUACAGCCAUCAAGGAGUGGGAUCGCGGGCAGCUUCUGUAUGACAAUAUGCUUAAGAGAAGUAAAGAGAGUAUGAAGACUAAUGGGGAAAUCAAGGCUUUGCUUUGGUACCAAGGGGAGAGCGAUACAUCGUCGCUUCAAGAUGCUGAAGCGUACAAGGAAAACAUGGAGAGGUUGAUUCAUAAUGUGCGUGAGGAUCUUGGCUUGCCUUCACUUCCAAUCAUUCAGGUUGCGAUUGCAUCGGGGUUUGAAUACAUGGAGAAAGUGAGAGAAGCACAACUGGGGAUGGAUCUGCCGAAUGUAACAUGCGUGGAUGCCAAAGGGCUGGUUUUGAAGGAGGACAAUCUUCACUUGAUGACCGAGGCUGAGGUUGCGUUGGGGCACAUGUUGGCCGAUGCAUUUCUUACCAACUUCAAUGCGCCCCCGUCGCAAUCUUCCCCUUUCUAAACU